CCAAGCUUGGUGAUUUACUGCCAGCUGCAGUGAUGGAAUGUUUGCUGGUCCCUCCUGCUGACCUGUGAUGGAAUUAUAUGAUUCUUCCUUAAUUAACCCAUUGGAAAUUACACCUAGUUGACAACUUCAAAAUGGUGAAAGUCCUCAAUGGCGGUGCCCAUGCUAAAACUGAGGUUUUGGGUCACGAGAGUGCUCUAUCUAUCUCUAUGGUUCACACACACAUAAAGGGGCAGGUUAACAGCAUGAAAUUGACACAUGGUAUACAAAUCAUAUUAACUCCCCCCUUUGCUACAUAGGACACAUGUAUUUAUUGUAUGACAGAAGAGUUGACCGAGGUGGAAUGACCUAAACCUGACAGCCAUCCCCAGCUAGAUAGAUCUCCAACAUGGUGGAAGAUGGCACUAAGAAAGGAGGAAGGAGUCAGGAGAUGGAGGAAGGUGGGAGACGCUGCUGGUCUGGUUUUCGUUGCCGUUUCCUCAUCCUGCUCGUCACCGUGGCGGCCAUCUUGUUCUUCACCAACCACAAGUCAGCAGAGUGUGUCCCAAGAUGGUGGGCAGAAUACCACGGUCGUUCCGUCAACUCCAGUAGCGAAGCAGUUUCUCUCAACUCCACUGGUUUUACCAUAGACGUUCAUGAAACUGCGUCUGCCAAUUCAACAGAUCGUCAGACUUCACGUAUCCACUCUACUCAACAGGCCAUCGAACUCAACACAACACAUCAUGAAACUAGUUCCAUCACCUCUGCACUGACCAUCAUCACUAAUCUGAUCACAGAGGUCAAGGCCGUUCUGGCCACUCCUCCUCCGUAUGUGUCCCCAGGACCGUACCAUGUAGAAUACCCAUCAGAGUACAUCUUCAUCCUGGAUGAGCCAGAGAAAUGCCGGGAGCAGAACCCCUUCCUGGUUCUGAUGGUGCCAGUGGCGCCCUAUAACAGGGAGGCUCGUGAGGCCGUCCGCAGGACUUGGGGCAGUGAGAGGCAGGUACUGGGCAGAGAGGUUCGUCUGUUCUUCCUGCUGGGACUGUCCAGUGGAGAGGAGACAGAGCAGCUCCAGGAGAAGGUGCUGCAGGAGAGCAAAGAGCACCAGGAUCUGCUGCAGAGCGACUUCAUAGACAGCUACAAAAACCUGACCAUCAAGACCAUGGUGAUGAUGGAGUGGCUGAGCUCUCGCUGCCCCAACGCCUCCUACGCCAUGAAGAUCGACUCAGACAUGUUCCUCAACGUGAAGACCUUGGUCAACAUGCUGCUUCACGCUCCAACACAGAACUACCAGACUGGACUAGUGGCCCGACGGGGAGCCGUUCUAAGAGACCAUAACUCCAAAUGGUACCUUCCAAUGGAGGUGUUUCCUGAACCAGUAUAUCCACCUUAUGCUCUGGGCCUGGGCUAUGUCUUCACCUUAGACCUCCCCAGGAAGCUGGUGGAGGCGUCCAGGCAUGUUAAAGCCGUCUACAUAGAGGAUGUGUAUCUGGGACUGUGUAUGAGACACCUGGGCAUCCGGCCUACUGCCCCCCCCAGUGGAAACCUCUUCCAUGUUUCCCCUGUGGCUUAUGACCGCUGCACCUACUCACGGCUGAUAGCCACCACCACACACAGUAUCACUCACCAGGUCAACGCAUGGACAGACCUACACAAACCUGGUCCUCCCUGCUGAUCUCAUACAGUAACAGACUGACUGAUGUACCAAUCACUUCCUUCGUUUUUUUGUUCUUGCGAACAAUGUAAAUCUGGUGAAUUUGUAUUUUGCAUUUCCACUUUGAUUAAAUCGUUUAACAAUCAU